AAAUGUAGUCCGGCGCUCCGGGCCCUAAGCGCCGGGCGCGGCUGCGUCGGUCGCCACUGCUCCCGCUCCUGCGCUCCUGCUGGGAGAGGUUUCAGGAGUCAGUGACCUUCAAGGAUGUGUCUAUAGAUUUCUCUUGGGAAGAGUGGAUUCAAGCAGAUUCUUCUCAGAGGAUGACCAUGUAUGGGGAGGUGAUGCUGGAGAACUACAGGAACCUGUUCUCACCGGGAAAUCACCUUUCCAAACCCAGUGUGACUUCCCAGCUGGAACGAGAAGAACUGAGCCUGAUGAAAACAGAACUGCCUGACGGUGGCCUUCCAGAUUUUCUUGGAUAUUGCUGCCAGAUUAAUCUGCCAUUUAGUCCUCUCAUCCUGUCCAAGUCAAGAGGAGAAAGUAUUGACUGAGUGCUGUGCCCAGCUCUUCCGCAGCCAGCGUCUCACUGGCUUGACACAAAACGUCUAUGGACUGGGAGACAAGACUUGAAACCAAAGCGCCAACUCUGAAGCCCAAUAUUACUGAAGAUUUAUGCCAUGGGGUACUAAUGGAAAGGGAAGGUGUCUGGCAUUCUACUGUAGGGGAAACCUGGGAACCUAAUAAUUGGUUAGAGGGACAACAGGAUAGUCAUCUGAGCCAAGUGGCAGUUACCCCUAAGAAAACCUUCACCGAGAGGAGAGUGUGUGGAGGUAAUGAAUUUGAAAGAUGUUCCAGUCAGGAUUCAAUCCUUGAUACACAACAAAGCAUUCCUAUGGUAAAAAGGCCCCAUAACUGUCAUUCACAUGGAGAAGAUGCCACGCAAAAUUCUGAGUUAGUUAAAACUCAAAGAAUGUUGGUAGGAAAGAAGAUCUAUGAAUGUAAUCAGUGCAGCAAAACCUUCAGCCAGAGCGCAUCCCUUCUUAAGCACCAGAGGAUUCAUACUGGGGAGAAACCCUUUAAGUGUAAUGUAUGUGGGAAACACUUCAUUGAACGCUCCUCCCUUAAUGUCCAUCAAAGAAUUCAUACUGGAGAGAAACCCUAUAAAUGUAAUGAAUGUGGGAAAGCCUUUAGUCAGAGCAUGAAUCUUACUGUCCAUCAGCGAACUCACACUGGAGAGAAACCGUAUCAGUGUAAAGAGUGUGGCAAAGCCUUCCAUAAGAAUUCAUCUCUUAUUCAACACGAAAGGAUUCAUACUGGAGAGAAACCCUACAGAUGUAGUGAAUGUGGGAAAGCUUUUACCCAAAGCAUGAAUUUGACAGUCCAUCAGAGAACUCAUACAGGAGAAAAACCCUAUGAAUGUAAUGAAUGUGGAAAAGCCUUCAGUCAAAGCAUGCAUCUUAUUGUCCAUCAGAGAAGCCAUACUGGAGAAAAACCCUAUGAGUGUAGUCAGUGUGGAAAAGCCUUUAGUAAGAGCUCAACUCUUACCCUACAUCAGCGAAAUCACACUGGAGAAAAACCCUACAAAUGUAACAAAUGCGGGAAAUCCUUUAGCCAAAGUACGUAUCUUAUAGAACAUCAGAGGCUUCAUUCUGGAGUAAAACCUUUUGAAUGUAAUCAGUGUGGAAAAGCUUUCAGUAAGAAUUCAUCUCUAACUCAACAUCGGAGAAUUCACACUGGAGAGAAACCUUAUGAGUGUGUGGUAUGUGGAAAACAUUUCACUGGACGAUCAUCCCUUACCGUGCAUCAGGUUAUUCACACUGGAGAGAAACCUUAUGAGUGCAAUGAAUGUGGAAAGGCAUUCAGCCAGAGUGCUUACCUUAUUGAACAUCAAAGAAUUCAUACUGGUGAGAAACCCUAUGAAUGUGAUCAGUGUGGAAAAGCCUUCAUUAAGAAUUCAUCCCUUACAGUGCAUCAGAGAACUCAUACAGGAGAGAAACCCUAUCAGUGUAAUGAAUGCGGAAAAGCCUUCAGCCGGAGUACAAACCUUACUCGACAUCAGAGAACUCAUACGUGAGGAAUGUUUCCACUGGCCCCUACAUCAUGAUUAACUCUUCAGUAAUAAUCAUAUAAGACAUAUAAUGUAGAAACCUAAUAAAUGUGAUGAUUGUGGGAAUUUUCCAGUUGAAGUAUAAUAUAUCAGAUAAUACCACUGCAGAGAAUUCAUCUAAAAGUAGAGAAAUCUUGAUUCAGAAGGUAUAACUUACUUUAUAUCAAAAGGUUUAAGUAGCUAAUAUAAACAAUGAAGACUCAUGCUGAAGAUAAGUUCUGUUAUAUCAUACUGCACAUUCUCCUUUGGCCAUCAGAGACUUUACACUGGAGAGAAAAAUGUGAGUGUGUUUAACUGGACAGCCCAGAGACCUGGUAUGUAGUCCUAAUUUGCCACUGCCUUGGACAAGUCACCUACUUCCACCAGGUUAUGGUUCUUUAUUUGGUAAAUGAAUGAUUUUGGAGUUAGAAAUGUUGUAGGUUCUCUGUUAGCUCUAAAAUGUUACAACCCUAUAAAUAUAAUGAAUGCUGGGAAA